CGCGUCCCCUUCUGGAAGAAGGGGUUUAAUGGAGAGCUGCAGCUCAUUGGAUAGCGCGAGAAGCGCCCCAAGAACGCAGUGGAAGGCGCCCAGGCACAACCUCCAGACUGGAGCGCACGCGUAGCCCCUAGCAACGCCGUCCGGAAGAACCACAGAGACACGACCCGUGAGUGCAGAGUGGCCGCUCGGGGACAGCGAGGAGCGGAGAGCUAGAGUGGCCUAUUGUCACGUGGGCGGCCGCGCGGAGGCGGGACUUCCGACAACCAGGUAUUUUCUUUCCGGUUGUUGGUUUCUGCCGGCCCCUCCCCGACUGGGCCCUGCGCCCCCUCCCCCCCGCGGCCCCCCGCCGCCGGGCCGCCGCCACUAUGAAGAAAUUCUUCCAGGAGAUCAAAGCCGACAUCAAGUUCAAGAGCGCGGGCCCGGGUCAGAAGCUCACGGAGUCGGUGGGGGAGAAGGCCCCCAAAGAAAAGCCCACUCAACCAACCCUCAGGCAACCCCGCCAAGGCCCCACCGAUGAGGCACAGAUGGCGGCUGCGGCGGCCCUGGCCAGGCUUGAGCAGAAGCAGCCCAGAGCCAGGGGGCCCACAUCUCAGGACUCCAUCCGGAAUCAGGUGAGAAAGGAACUGCAGGCUGAAGCCACUGUCAGUGAGAGCCUGGAGGCCCCAGGGACUAACGUGGUGCCUGAGCCCAGAGGAGAAGUCUCCACCCACCUAACUGUGCCUGGAGUGUACUUCACCUGCCCACUCACAGGCACCACUCUGAGGAAAGACCAGCGCGAAGCCUGUGUCAGAGAAGCCAUUCUCUCGCACUUCUCCACUGACCCGGUGGCCGCCUCCAUCAUGAAGAUCCACACCUUCAACAAGGACCGGGACAGGGUGAAGCUGGGCGUGGACACUAUCGCCAAGUACCUGGACAAUAUCCACCUGCACCCUGAGGAGGAGAAGUAUCGCAAGAUAAAGCUGCAGAACAAGGUGUUCCAAGAGCGUAUUAACUGCCUAGAAGGGACCCACGAGUUCUUUGAGGCCAUCGGCUUCCAGAAGACAUUGCUCCCGGUUCCCAAUCAGGAGGACCCAGAAGAGUUUUACGUGUUGAGCGAGGCUGCCUUGGCCCAGCCACAGAACCUGGAGAGGCACAAGGAGCAGCUGCUGAGCGCUGAGCCCGUGCGCGCCACCCUGGCCCGCCAGCGCCGGGUCUUCCGGCCCUCGCCCCUGGCCUCCCAGUUUGACCUGCCAGGGGAUUUCUUCAACCUCAGCUCCGAGGAGAUCAAGCGGGAGCAGAGGCUGAGGUCUGAGGCUGUGGAGCGGCUGAGCGUACUGCGGACCAAGGCCAUGCGGGAGAAGGAGGAGCAGAGAGAGAUGCGCAAAUACACGUACACGCUGCUCCGUGUGCGCUUCCCUGACGGGUGCCUCCUCCAGGGAACCUUCUAUGCCAGAGAACGGAUGGCGACUCUUUACGGGUUUGUCCGGGAGGCCUUGCAGAACGACUGGCUGCCUUUUGAUCUGCUGGCCUCGGGUGGGCAAAAGCUGCUGGAGGAUGAGAACUUGGCCUUCAAUGAGUGUGGGCUGGUGCCCUCAGCUCUCCUGACCUUCUCCUGGGACGCGGCUGUGCUAGAGGACAUCAGGGCAGCAGGGGCCCAGCCGGACUCUGCCAUCCUGAAACCCGAGCUCCUGUCUGCCAUCGAGCAGCUCGCGUGAAAUAAAAGCAGGGUUGGCU